UGAUCAGUUGAGGUGGUAUAGCAUAUGGCAGUGAUCAUGAUGCUGUUAUAGGGUAUAGCGGUGAUCAGGACAAUAGCAUGAGCUAUGGAGGUGAUCAGGACGCUUUUAUGGGGUAUGAGGGUGAUCAGGAUGCUGGUAUAGGGUAUGGAAGUUAUCAGGGCGCUGUUAUGGUGUAUGGUAGUGAUCCGAACGCUAGUAUGGGGUAUGGUGGUGAUCAGGGUGAUGGUUUGGGGUAUGGCGGUGAUCAGGACACUGGUAUGGGGUAUGGCGGUGAUCUGGACACUGGUAUGGCAUAUGGGGUAAUCAGGAUGUUUCUAUGGGGCAUGGUGGUGAUCAGGAUGCUGGUAUGG